AUGUCCGACAAUCCUCAGAAGACCACCGACUUCCAAAAGCAGCUAGAGGAUGGCCAACAAACUCUGCCAGUCCCGCCAAAGGAAUCGUCGAGUUGUCGGCGACUGAGUAUUCAACGGAGCAUUACUUCCCGGCAUGUUGUAGCAAAGCCCUACGACAGACCACCACCAGCCGGACGUCCGGCUCAGCAACAAUAUCCAGGAGGAGCACCCCACAAUGGCUUCGGUAUGGGCGCCCUUCAGCAGCAACUGCCGAGCAGCUCAUUGCAGGCUUGUGGCAAACAAAACGCGCCGAUGGCUGUGGUGCAACCGUCGUGGGAUGAACGUUUCCCGGUCACGAGCGUCCGAAAUGUCGAUGGAAAACUCUGGGAGGACUGGGGAGGUUAUCGCGCAUAUAGGAAGGACAUGCAGGUGCUCGUCGACACCCAGGGUCUGCCGCCACCUCCGACACCCAACUUGCUUUACUCCCAAACAAAUGAGGAUGGGACGGCGAAAUCAGGACAGAAGCGCAUGACCGCCAACGAGUUGAAUCCCUAUCUGGAUAUUACCGACGAAGAUGUCGGGAAAAUCUACAAAAGAAGACACUUGAAUCAACCGGACGCAAAUGGAAUGACCGGGAAAGACAAGGCAAAGGAGUUGCACCCCGAGAUGCGGAAAUUCUUGGAGGCUUGGAGAGAGGCCGAUGAUGCCGGAAAGCCAGCCGCCGCGCGCGAAUUCUGGUUGUAUCUUAUCGGGCGCGUCACCAACAAUCGACCGUCACAGGCGAAACAAGGCAGGAGGAACUUGCGAUCGAUUGCCAGCGCAACGUCCGUUGCGCCCUCAAACAACCAGACCGAGAUGCAUUGGGAGUCUGCAGCCAAUCCCAACCCCCAGAUCUAUGGCGAUACCGUCACCAGCUACACCUCGUCAACUAUCACUAAGCAAACGGUUUUCUCGGCCCAAACGGAUGGAUGCCCAACUGUCGAGGCACUAUCUCAGCUUGAGCUUGUCGGGCUCGUCGAUGCGGACCGGCAAAGCAUCAACGCCAUCGCCCAGCAGGCUCUGAACGACUUCGACGCUGCGUUUUACACCGUGCAAGUGUGUAUCGUUUCGCUUCUUAAUACGCCCGGAGGAGCCAACCGUGCGUUUGCGCUUCACGACCAAAUCGUCGACAAGCUUAGAAAAUGCCAGUUUGAAGUCGCUCAAGUGCAUGAAGGGAACCGGUCGCCUGCAGAGCCACAGCACGCACGAAGCGAUGGCUCGAUGCCCGAGCCACCCUCUGGGUUUACCAUGCACGACGGCGAUGUUUCGAAA